AUGGCUUCUAGUAAGAAACGGUCAGCUGUAUGGGAUUAUUUUAAAAAAGAUUCAGUUAGUGCAGUAACUUGCGAAAUUUGUAAAAAACAAUUCAAAUUUAGUGGUAACACAUCCAACAUCCGCGAUCAUUUAAGGCGCAAACACCCUGGGUAUUUUGAAAUAGAUAAAUUAAAUAAACAAGAUGAAUUCCAACAAUUCGGAGAUCGACAUAAUAAUGAGCCGUCAACAUCAACUCAAGAUCAGCAACUACCAUCCACAUUAAUGCAGUCUCAACUUCAAGAACAAAGCAGUAAAUCCACAUCUACAAUAGACUCCAUUAAUUGCAAAAAACGAAGUCGACAAAUGAAACUGUGUGUUACGAAUAAAAAAACCGAGUUGUCGGAAAUUGAAAAUGAUCAAAUAGAUCAAAGUUUAAUUAAAAUGAUAGUAAUUGAUUACCAGCCUUUAUCAAUUGUAGAAAAUCCUGGGUUUUUGGAAUAUUCUAAAAAGUUACAGCCACUAUACAAACCACCAACUAGAAAAUUGUUAUCUUCGAAAAUAUUACCUAACACAUAUAAUCAAAUUUGCGAAAAAGUAAAAAUAUUGUUAGCAAAAGUUGAUCAUGUCGCUGUAACUACUGAUAUAUGGACUUCGGACAGCAAUAAAGCGUAUUUGACAGUAACUAGUCACUUUUUUUACGACGACUUUAUACAUAAUGCUGUUUUGGCAACUAAAGAAAUACCGGAAGCCCAUACUGGUGUAAACAUUGCGUCUGCUUUAUCAGAAAUUUUUAAUGUUUGGGAAAUUGACUAUAAAAUAAUUAGCAUUGUUAGUGACAACGGUGCUAAUAUAAAAAAUGCCAUAAUUGGGCAGCUUCAAAAAGAACACCAUCCAUGUAUUGCGCAUACUUUAAAUUUAUGUGUUACAGAUGCUCUAAAGUCAACCGAACCAGUAAUGCGAUUAAUAAAAAAAUGUAGAGCAUUGGUAGCUCAUUUUAAGCACAGCACAGUGGCAUGUGAAAAAUUAAAAAGCAUGCAAAAACAAAUGCUAUACCCUGAAUUAAAAGUAAAACAAGAUGUAUCUACUAGAUGGAACUCUACUUUAAUUAUGGCAGAAAGACUAUUAGCGAUUAAAGACCCAUUAUCAGCCGCCAUUACAUCGCUACCAAGAGCUCCAGAAUUUAUUACAGCAACAGAAUGGGAUCUGCUGAUAGAUGUGGUAUCCAUUUUGAAGCCAUUUGAAAAAAUAACUAUUGAAUUAUCAGGCGAAAAAUAUAUAACAAUGUCUUUAAUUAUUCCUCUUAUAAGAUGUCUACAGCAUUCGCUAAAAAGCCGCAUUCCUAAAACGACCAGUGCAGAAUCUUUAAAACUUGUUUUACAAGAUAAUGUUAGAACACGACUUGGGAUCUUAGAAACAAAUUUACUUUGCUCAAAAGCAACGUUUUUAGAUCCUAGAUUUAAAAAAGCAGCUUUUAGUGUUGCAGAAAAUGGUGACAUAGUUCAAAAAUUAAUUAUUGAAGAAAUAUCCUCUAUUUUACAAAAUAAAGGUGAGACAAUUGAAAAACAGACCAUAGAAACUACAACUGACAAUACUGAUGAUAAAGAAAACAUUUGGUCACACUUUGAUCAAGAAAUUGUCACUUUAAAAAGUAUUUCAACACCAUGCACGACUGCAGCAUUGAUGGUUACACAAUAUUUAGAGAUCUCGCUUGUAGCACGAACUCAAAAUCCGAUUGAAUUUUGGAAGCGCUACAAAAGUGUACUUCCUGAAAUAUAUCAACUGCAUAAAAGAUAUUCAUGCAUUCCAGCUACCUCAGUUCCUUCAGAACGAGUAUUUUCCAAAGCUGGACAAAUUAUAAAUGAACGCCGAAACAGACUCUCUGGGAAAAACCUCGACAUGAUUAUUUUUUUAAAUAGUAAUAUAAAUUUGUUUAAUUAAUAUAUUUGUCAUUUUUGUCAUACAUUUUUACUAGAAUAGUGUAUUUGUUUUAUAAAUAAAUUAUUUAACGUGUA